UGCACCCGUGUCUUUCCAGGUUGCUGUAGUACGCCAUGAAGACUGCCUCCGUUAGCUACAUUUUGGUCAUAGCCAUUAUGGCUGCCUGUGUGGAGUUUAUUGAAUGUGAUCAUCUGGCCACACAGGGGAUCCGUGUGUACAUCAGCAGCGUGUCAGGCAACCUGGAGAUAAAGAAACAACAACAGAAGAUACAGAUGGUUCUCAGCGGAAAGAAGAUCGACGCACAGUACAUCGAUGUCUCAUCAAACGACGCCGCCAAGAAAUUCAUGAGGGAAAGUGCAGGAGAGAAGAGUAUUCCCCCACAGCUUUUUAACGGCGAGGAAUACCUUGGUGAUUACGCAGCUUUUGAGAAAGCAGUUGAAGACGAACGUCUUAUGGAGUUCCUAAAGUUGAACUGAUUUAUAUCGUGGUUAAAAUGAAGUUUUAAGACACUCUAAAGACGACAAGACACACGAAUAUAUAUGUGCCUAUAAUAAACUUCAAUCGCUAUUUUGACGAAA